UUGUGCAUGGGCAUUAUCAGAAGGCGAAGAAAAGGCGUGGCUCGUCGUGUGUUUACAACGUAACUAGUGAUGGGCCGGUGCUCUAAAGCUCUACGUCUCGCCUCGCUUAUUUUUAUUCUUGCCCGUGCAUCAAAUGCUACCCGUUACUCCAUCGUGGACACCACAAUAGGAGGCGUACUGGCAGCAAAGCGCAUCCAGAACGAUGAUACAAGUGAGUACGUGGAGACGAUCGUGGACUAUGGAGGUCGUGUGGAGGACCUGGUCCUCAACUCUCGCACCACUGGGGUCCAGAGGAAGGUUCUCCUCACGCACCACGACAACGCCACCGCUGUGCUGGAGAACAAGUGGUGGAAGGGCAUGCUGCUGCUUCCCUGGGCCAACAGAAUAGCCUAUGGGAAGUAUGAAUUCUUCAAUGCAAGCUACCAACUCCCCGUCAAUGAGAACACCACAGACCCUCCCCGCCACAAUGCCCUCCACGGACUCAUGCCUGGGAGGAAGCUCACCGUGACUGGCUCCCAGAUUACCACUUCGAGCGCCAGUCUCCAACUCUCUUACCACUUUGACAAGCCCCUACCCGGAUACCCGUUCACGUUCGACGUAGUCAUCAACUACACCCUGAGUGAGUCUGGUUUCAGUAUGCAUUUCACUGUGACCAAUCGGAUGGAGUCGUUCCCCAUGCCGUUCUACAUGGGCUGGCACCCCUACUUUGUCUGCACGGCCUACAAGACCUACGUGGUGCUGGACAAGUGCACGACCUGGAACCACGUGGAGCUAAACACCAACAUGGACCCGACCGGUAUCACCAAGCUCUACCACGGUCUGAACGGCUCUCAACCCAUCGGUGGAACAGAGACAAACCCCACCUUCUUUGACGACGAGUUCAAGCCCGUUAGUCCCGACAGCCCCGAAUGUAACGUGAUUCAAACGAGGCUGUACGACGUGGACACCUCUCAGACGGCCGUUCUCUGGCAGGACAGCAGUUUCAGACUGGUCCACGUGUUUACGGGCUCAGAGAGUCUGUUCCACGAGGAUGCAAUUGCCGUGGAGCCAAUGUCGGGGAUGGCAGAUGCCUACAACAACCACGACCAUCUCUCUGUACUGAGUGGAGGAGAGACUUGGAGUGGCUCUUUCGGUGUCUACGUGGAAUGAAUCUCACCUUAGAAUACUGGUUUAUUUUAUGCUGCAACUAUAGAUAGGGAGCAUAAUGUUGUGUUAUUUAAAUGUGAUUCAAUUUUUGCACUCUACAACAAGCUUGCAAUAAUUAUUGUAUGUGUGUGUUGUGUGUGCAAUCUACCAGUGGUGGCUCAUUCUUUCUUCUUAUUCCAUUUUUGGUUCACGUGGUAGCUAUAUACUAUUAUGAGACGUAGCAUUUUG